UGGGAGUCACCUAAUUUUUUUUCGAGAUAUAGCAGAGUGUUGGUUCCUUCUCCUAGCUGGGGAUAUAAAGGCAGGACGUGGCCAGUAAGGUUCAGUUUAAGUGUCCCUGUGGCCUAGAGUUCCAGGAUGAAAGGCAUGGCGAGACUGGUGGUGAUGGUGGUGGUGAUGGUGAUGGUGGUGGUGCCAUCUAUGGACGCAUUCAAGCUUAAGUCAGGAUCUUGUCCAAGGGUGCCUGGUGUGGAGACGCUGGAUAUGGAAAAGUUCCAUGGGCUGUGGUACAUGAUGGAGAGCUUUGACGGCAGGGAGGAGUGCGUCACAUGGAACAUUACUAGAGGCAAGGAGAAUGGCACGUGGUAUAUUCAGGAGACAAAAGGCUCUGGGAUACUGAGCGCUGUGGGUGUCACUGGUAUCCUCACCACUGCUACUCUUACCGAGGCUUCUGACGGCUCCGGGAACAUGCGGGUUAACUGGCCACUAAACUUGGCGGGGUCGUAUGCAUUCAUCGUUCACGACACGGACUAUGACAACUACGCGGGAGUGGUGAUGUGUCAGUCCUUCCUCCUCGCUCACAGGCAGAACGGCAUCGUACUGUCCAGGACGCCCAAGAUCAGGGUGGACCGUAGACAGAUGGCACGCGGGAGCUUCGAGGGACUGGUGCUUGAGUACUACACACGCGUCAAGCAGAGUAUUUGCCAGCGCUACCGUCCACCGAUGUCUAGCGGUGCGGGGAGCUCAGAUGCCGGCCCGCUAGGUGGCUCUGGUGGCGACGAGUCUCGGGACAACAUGAACAGGGAGACGAUGAUUGGUGACCAGUUUUACGGUUUGGUGUCUGAUGAGUAACAUGUAAGAAUUGCCCCUUUUUUUAACUAUUGUGGCUGUAUUCUUGAUUAUAAACUUUGGUGUCUGAUGCCUUGUCUCCACUUUCAACAAGCUUUAAUUUAAUGGGAGUUGUAAGAGUUUUUCAUGAGUAAU